AUGGUGCCUGUCUUAGGAGCAGUCAUCAUCGACAGCGCAUCCUCUAAGGUCCUCAAGCCAAACCCCCUACCACCUCCAGUUAUGAAGCUCCCUACUAUCGCUUGCGCUGCCAAUGCGGGCAUUCGGUUUAUGAUGUUUGCUCGUCGCCGUCAGGACCUCACUCCGGAUGAGUACAAGGACUACUAUGAGAAUCAUCAUGUUCCCCUUCUCAAGAGCCUCGCAGGCAGGACAUUCCCGCUAUCCCACAAGCGGACAUACGUCAACCGCGCCACGCCCGACUACUCAGCCGUGAUAGUGUUUGGCGAGCAGGCCGACUUUGAGUAUGACUCCAUGAGCAUCUUGACGCUGAAAGACCAGAAGCACUACGACGCUCUUUUCAGUCUCUAUAAUGAUAAUACCACCGGGAAAGCGAUUCACGACGAUGAGAAGAACUUUAUCGAGUGGGCCAAGGCUGUCAUUAUAGACUGUGACCAUGUGACGCGUGGCUCGCACUGA